AUGGACGCCAUCAAGUCAACGAUUGCGGAAAACUUCGGAGGUGCAGCACACAGCGUCGCUGAUCAGUCUAACCAAUUUGACAUCAAGAAAGAUGUACCAGAUCUUUCUGGGAAGGUCGCGCUGAUUACGGGUGGAAGUGAAGGCAUUGGGUAUGCUACAGCAUACACGCUUCUCAAGGCCAAUGUUGCGAAGAUCUUCAUCGUCUCGAUGUCGGAGGAGAUCAUUGACGAAGCUGUUGAGACCGUUCGCACACAGCUCUCCUCUGAGCACGCCGACCGCAUCACGUGGUUUAAGUGCGACAUGUCUGAUCUCACAGCCGUCGCGGACGUCGCAAAGCAGGUGCGAUCUCAAACCGAUCGCCUCGACAUCUACUGCCAGAAUGCCGCGAGAGGCAUUAUGACCUACCAGGUCACAUCCUACGGCAUCGACAGGCACAUGGCAGUCAACCACAUCGGCCACGUAGUGCUGACAUCGCACCUCCUCCCACUUCUAAAAUCCACAGCCGAGAAGUCCACAGUACGCAUCCAAAUCCAGGCAUCUAAUGCACAUCAAGCGACACCGUCCGACUGCAAAUUCGCCUCGAUCGACGAGCUCAAUACUGAUCUUGGUCCGAAUGGUCAGUAUGGCCGUUCGAAGCUUGCUGGAAUCCUCUACGCCCGGUACCUUGACCGCCACUUACACUCGUCGCACUCGAAGAUCCUCAUCAAUGCGACGCAUCCCGGAUUCGUGGAUACUAAGAUGUCAACAGAGGAUAUCCACGAGCCAUACCCCAUUCUAGGCUACGGUAUGUCCAAGGGCAUGCAGCCAUUCAAGAAGGACAUCUGGAUGGGAUGUGUGAGUACAGUGUUCGCCGCGACGAAGACAGAGACCAGUGGCAAGUACAUCUGUCCGCCAGCGAUCGAAGAACCCGGAAAUGAGCUAGCACAAGACGAGCAGUUGGGCGAGAGGCUGAUGGAGCUCACGAGAAAUAUUGUCAAGGAGAAAUUUGGAAAGGAGAGUGUUGAUAAGGGGUGUCCGUUGAAGGACUACUAA